AUGAUAACUACAAUUUUGAACCCGGAUUCUCAAUUAAUUUUGAUCGGAUUCAUUUAUUCUGCAAUUUCUUUUUGUGUUUUUCCAAUUUAUGCGGUGGUCAUUUAUGUGAGCUCAUUUUCUCAACACCAGACAUAUUUUUUAAAAAUUAAAAUAAUUUAAAUUCAGGCUCUUCACACUCGCGAUGAGCUCAAAUCAAACACUUCCUAUAAAUUGAUAAAUAUCAUAAAUUAUUGUGAUUUGGGCCAAGCUAUUUGCCAUUUUUUCAGCGGAAUGUUUUUGAUUUUUCCAAUUUUUGUGGAGAGAUUUGAGGUGUUUGUGAGAGUAAGUUCACACUAGAUAUUUUUUGGUGUGAUUUUUUGGGUGAGCAAUCAAAAGUUUCCCACGGAUUCAAUGAUUGUAUUUGCAAACCAACAACUGCGAUGUGCACUUUUACUUCAUACACCAAGCUGAAAAUUUUCCACUCCAACAAUUUUUUUACAAGAAAAUCGGCCAAACGUUGAAUUUUAUUUUUAACCUUUGUGACAAAAGUGCAACAACCAAAUUAAUUUCAGAUAAUUGGCUGCACAGCAAAUAGUCUUUGGCUAGCCAUGUUCCCAGUUAUGUCAAUUCUCUCAAUAUCCCGGAUUCUGAUAGCCUACAAAAAUACAAUUUCAAAAUCAUGGAACAAAUAUCUGAAAUCUCUCUUAUUUUUGGGAUUUUCAUAUAUUUUCACAAUUUGGUUGAUUGGUUGUAUUACUCAAAAUUUUAAAAUGGAUGGGCCAAGUUGGUCAUAUGAUAUGGAUAAAAUUGGGGCUGAAACGUUAUCAAAACUUGAACUGGUUUUAUGUUUUCCUACUUUGGUUUUAUCUUUUACUUCCUAUAUCAUUGUGAUUUUCAGUAUUUGGUCGGUGAGUUUUCGAGUCGUUGACUAGCUCAUAGCUCAUUCAAAAUUUAAAAUUUUUUCUAGAGAAAACGUCUGUUUCAACAACAACAAUCGAAAUCAAUAAAAACCGAAGUUUCAAUUUUAGCACAAGCUACAAUUCUGACAUUAUACAUGGGCGGGUUGAUUGCCUUAUGGCAUAAUGCUGAAUAUUUAUUCGAACUUACCACAAUCAAAGUUGCAAUUUUGAAUGGAUUAUGGAUAUUUUUCUCUUUUCUCAAUCCAGUGCUAAUGAUUGUUAUCAACAGGUACUGUAUCAAAUAACAGUGAUUACUCAAAAACGAUAUUUUUAGCGGUGCUCGCCGACAAAUCAAAGGUGCAAUAUUUGGUGAUGACAAUCAAACAACAUCUAUAAAGAAUUCGAAAAUCGCCCAAAAUUCUCGGAAUUUUUCAGCGCCUAAACUUCAAACUAUUACCAUUACAUAA